AUGGAAUUUCCAGACUUGGGCAAACACUGUUCAGAUCCUAAUUGUAAACAAUUAGAUUACUUACCUGUAAAGUGUCAAUAUUGUAAAAAAGAUUAUUGCAACGAACAUUUUAAGCCAAAUGAUCAUAAUUGUACCAAUGCACCAAGUGAAGAUGGUGUAAAAGUGCCGGUUUGCCCUGUAUGUAAUCAACCUAUUCCGGUUGCCAAAGGGGAAGAUCCUAAUAUCAGAAUGAAUAUUCAUAUAGAAAAUGACUGUAAUAAACCUGUUAAAUCCACUUCGAAGCCAUUUAAUUCAUGUUCCUUUGGUAAAUGCAAGAAUCGUAUAGCAGUCAAGAUAAUGUGUUCAGGGUGUGGAAAAAGUUAUUGUAUUAAACAUCGACUAGAACCUGAUCAUAAAUUACAAAUCCAUCCUAAUGGAUUUAAACCAGGACAUCAAAAUAAUAUAUCGUUAUUUCUACAAGCAAUUCAAACACCAUAUGAACGACAGAAUAAUAUACCAACAAGACAUCAACGAUACAAAUUGGAACUGGAAAAGAUAGAUUAUGAAGGGGAUGUGGCAACUGAUCCUAAAAUCAUAGCAGAAUAUCAAAUAAUUAAUAAAGAUUUUGAGUUUGGUAAAGAGAGCUGGGGGUAUCCAAAGUUUUGUUCAUUUGACAAAUUAUUUCCAGAUGGGAAUAGAACGAAAGAAAUAGAUUUGAUUUUCAUAGUACAUUUCUUUCAUAAUGAGGAAUACAAUAAGAUUUUGGAAGAGAGUGUCAAAAAGAAUUUUUUGAUCAGAAAUGAAUAUUACUUCAAUAAUGAAAUAUUCUCUGAUAUUGAGUUUGUGCUAGAUUCAGGUAAUAUUAUCAAAGCACAUAGAGUCAUUGUAGCAGCAGGGUCCAAAUAUUUUAAAAAUAUGUUGGAAGGAGGAUGGAAAGAACAAAAUAUGAAAUCAAUACCAAUAAAGAAUAUUAAAGAUGAGACAUUCAAAGCAAUAUUGUACAAUUUGUAUACAGACAAGAUCAUUGAAGGAUUAGAUUUCAAAGUAAUGAAGGAUAUUUAUAUACAGGCAGAUAUGAUUGGACUGGAUAGAUUACAGAAUUUGGCACAAAUGAAGUUAGUAGAGAUGAUAUCAGAAGAUAAUUGGGAUGAUAUAUUAAUAUUUAGUUGGGAAUGUGGUAAUAAUUAUUUAAAAUCCAUGGUGUUGAACUUUAUUGCUAAUAAUUGGGAAAAUAUUAAAAAAAAUGAAAACACUCAGAAAAUAUUUAAAACUGGUAAUAUUGAAUACAUUGAAGAAUUAAUGUCUGCUGUCAUUAAAAGAAAAGAAUUAUGA